AUAUUUCCUUCUUCAGAGCUUCUUGGUUUUUUUUUCCUCUGCUGGAUACUGGUGAUGGUGAGCAAACCCAAUUAGAAGUGAUUCAUCAUCCAUCAGUCAGAAUGUAGAAAUAUGGGUCAACAAAAAUGAUAUCAUUCUUCAUAAAGGGGUCUUCACCUACCAUCUCAUAAUCUCGUUCAAAAGCCUGAUUUCAUGAAAAGAAAAAAUGGGAUGGAAGAUGAAGGCGGUAGUAGGUGGUGGUGGGUGGGUGAAAUUGGAGUUUGGUAGAAGAAAACAUGUGGAAAAUGGGGAACCACGAUGUCAACAAUGUGAUCCUUCUCAAAGAGCCUCUUUAUUUAGUUGCAGUUUCAGUUGCAGGUGGAGCUACCAAAGUACCCACACCACAAAACCUCACCUUUUUUGUUUUUUUUGAUCUCUCCAUAGACUAUAACCCACACCUUCACUGUUCUUCCCUCACUGUUCGUUGGAUUCACAUCAAUAAUUUAAAUGGCACCAGAAAUGGUAAAACCAGAUGAGCAGGUUGUUUUAGGGGAAGAAAUAGGGAAUAUCAGAGUGAUCACCUUGAAUCGCCCUCGACAAUUGAAUGUCAUUUCAUCAAAAGUGGUUUCUCUGCUAGCAGAAUACCUAGAAAAAUGGGAGAAAGAUGACAAGGCAGAGCUUGUGAUAAUCAAGGGAGUUGGCAGGGCUUUUUCUGCUGGAGGAGAUUUGAAAAUGUUCUAUGAUGGCAGGGAACCAAGGGAUUCUUGCCUUGAAGUGGUCUAUAGAAUGUAUUGGCUUUGUUAUCACAUCCAUACCUAUAAGAAAACCCAGGUUGCUCUUGUUCAUGGAAUUUCGAUGGGUGGAGGUGCGUCUUUGAUGGUUCCAAUGAAGUUCUCAGUUGUCACGGAAAAGACUGUUUUUGCCACUCCAGAAGCGACUAUUGGAUUUCACACUGACUGUGGUUUCUCAUACAUGCUUUCCCAUCUUCCCGGGCAUCUGGGGGAAUUUAUAGCCUUAACAGGGGCAAGGCUAAAUGGCAAGGAACUGGUUACGGUUGGACUGGCAACCCAUUAUGUCCCUUCUGAGAAAAUGCCCGAGCUAGAGAAGUGCCUGAUGUGUUUGAACUCUGGUGAUCGCAAUGCUAUCAAAUCUGCAAUCGAAGAGUUCUCCUUAGAUGUUAAGGUUGAUGAAGAAAGUGUGUUAAACAAGCAGUCAACAAUCAAUGAGUGCUUUUCCAAGGAUUCUGUGGAGGAGAUCAUAAAAUCAUUUGAAACCGAGGCAAGAAAAGAAGGAAAUGCUUGGAUUGGUCCAAUGCUUAAGAGUCUGAAAAGAUCAUCCCCUACAGGAUUGAAGAUAACAUUAAGAUCGAUUCGAGAAGGAAGAAAUCAAACACUCGCAGAAUCCUUGAAGAAGGAAUUUAGACUCACUAUGAACAUCCUGCGAACUACAAUAUCUAAUGAUGUCUAUGAGGGUAUUCGAGCUCUGAGCAUUGACAAGGAUAAUGCUCCAAAGUGGGACCCACCAACUCUUGACAAAGUGAACGGUGAGAAAGUAGAUAUAGUAUUUCAGCCAUUCAAAGAAAAAUUGGAGCUCCAGAUUCCAGAAAAGGAGGAAUGCAGAUGGGACGGAAAAUAUGAACAUUCAGCCUAUGCGCAGGUGACUGAGGAAGCAAAAUAAUUUUCGGUCAGCAGCUGCUGAUUCUGUACAAUUUCCAUCAUGUUGAUUUACUAUCUUCCUGCAUUUUCCUGGACUGGUUAUUUGUGUCUUAGUGUGCUUGAGGUCUUCACUCUCAAUAGAGAAAAAUAGAAAUAAUAGAAAUGAAGACCUCUCUGCAAAUGUUGUAUGUUUCAAAGUUGCUUUCUGCAGUCAUCCCCUUAAUCACACAUUCUAAAUAUUAAAAAUAAAAAUAAAAAUGCCAAGGUUAUGCCUAUCUUUGUCAGAAA